AUGAUUGUGGUCUAUGGAUACAACACAGUGGAACUUAGAAAAUCUCUAUGGACUCACCUUCAGACUCUGUCAGGUAAUACUCCAUGGAUCAUAUGGGGGGAUUUUAAUGCAAUUUUAACUUCUCAAGAUAGACUCAAUGGUGCUUCAAUUACUAGUCAUGAUAUUAAAGAUUUUGCUGAUUGUGUUCAAGCUCUGAAUAUAAAUGAAUUAAUGUGGGGAGGGGAAUAUUAUACAUGGUCUAACAAGCAAAGAGGUGCAAACAGGGUGUACAGUAGGAUAGAUAGGGCAUUUGGGAAUGAUGAAUGGAUGCUCCAGUAUGGCCAACUUGGUGUUGAUUAUGGUUUACCACAUAUAUCAGACCACACACCUAUGAUAAUAACUUUAAAGGAUGAUAAACCUUGUAUUAAAAUCCCAUUCCAAUUCUUCAAUGUUUGGGAAGAUCAUGAUCAGUUUUUGACAUUAGUAGAUGAAUCAUGGGAAGGCAGAGUUACAAUGGAAGCUAUGAGAAAUGUUUGGUGCAAACUGAAAUCUCUUAGAUAUAGGUUAAAACAGCUAAACAAAGUUGAAUUCAAAGGUACUACUGAAAAAAUUGUUCAAGCCAGAAUUGAAUUGCAAGAUGUACAAACCAAGCUAGUUAGUCAUUACUCUGAUCAGUUGGUGAAUGAUGAGAAAGAAAUAUUGGAGAAACUAGAAAAAUGGUCCAUGAUUGAGGAAAGUAUUCUCCAACAAAAAUCUAGAGCUACGUGGGUGAAGCUUGGAGAUUCUAAUUCUAAAUACUUUUCUGCUGUAAUGAAAGAAAGGAAGCACAGAAUGACUCUAUCAAUGUUGACUGCUCUAGAUGGGACAUUACUGACUGAGAAGAGACAAAUUCAGGAAGAGAUAGUAGCCUUUAUAGAUUACUAA